GAUUAGGCAAGGGUGUUUUUGAUAAACUGCUCUAAUUAGAGUUCCAAAGUAAUAGUGGGGGGUGCCUCCUCUUCUUCAUCUUAUUAUUCUAUUUAUCCAUCAAAAUGGAUAAAGUGGCGAGACUGGUGACCCAAAUAGCCAAUUCUCCGCCGUCUCAAUGGCUAUCCACCCUUUCACCCCUCCAGCUCUCUCUGAUCCCACUUCUCUCCUUAGCGUCCUCCCUCUACCUCCCGGCACUCCACUUCCGGCGCCGCCUCUACGCCCUUGGGCUCUUACCCCAGCACAGGCUGCCGGUGCCUGUGGUUAGCGUCGGGAAUUUGACUUGGGGAGGCAACGGAAAGACUCCAAUGGCGGAGUUUAUUGCUCGCUGCUUCAUCGAUUCUGGAACUCCACCGCUGAUUCUUACCAGGGGUUAUGGUGGGGAAGAUGAGGUUAAGAUGCUAGAGAGGCAUCUUCAGGGGACGCCUGCUAAGAUAGGUGUUGGUGCAAACAGGGCGGCAAUUGCUUCAAUCUACUUUCAAAGAUAUGGUUGCAUUGAUCCUAAAGGAAGUCUGAAUCAUGAGACUCUUUCCUCGGGAAAUAUUUCGUAUGGAGAUAAAAUUGGGGUUGCCAUCUUAGAUGACGGAAUGCAGGUCUGACUAGGAGUUCUUAGUUUCCAUUGCUUCUCAUCUUCCACCUCAAAAUGUGCCUAAAGAAAAUUGGAAGGGGUAUAGAGAUGAAAAUAGGAAGGAAAAAAUGUGCGGGAAAAACACCUUUCAAACUCAUGUAAAUCUUUUUUACAUAUUUGCUCAUCAAAGUAAAAAAUCAUUUUGUCUAGAUAUCAUGAAACUCAUUCUAUCUUAUAAAGUCAUGAAAUUAAGAUAUAUGUACAAAUUAAAAACUUUAAUUUGGUUGACUUUUGUAUUUUUCAAGGUAAACUGAAACAUUAAAAAAGCUAUAUUUCCUAGUAUUUAUUUUCCUUCCCAAACCAUUUUUCAAGUACCAAACAAAGCCUUACUCUGUCUUAUUCUAUGUAUACCUUUUUUAUUUUUGUGUGACUGUUCUCAUCACCGAGGACAUGAGAAGUUAUUUUAGAUCCACUUCUUCAUAUAAUCAUAUGCCCUCUGCAUAUUGAUAAACAUGAUGUUUACUAUUAAUGUGGUUGGAAAUCGGAAGGCAGCAUCUUAGUUUACGGCGAAACAUAGAGAUUGUUAUGGUGAAUGCAAUGAUCCCUUGGGGAAACCAUCUUUUACUUCCUCUGGGAACAUUAAGAGAACCGUUUUCAGCCCUUAAGCGUGCAGAUGUUGUUGUAGUCCAUCAUGCAGAUAUGGUGUUGAAGCCGGAAAUUCAAGCCAUAGAGUCAAUGGUUCGCAAAUAUAAUGAAUCAGUACCCAUAUUCUUCAGCACUUUAGCUCCUUCACACUUUAUGAGAGUAGGAAAUAUAUCAUACACAUGUCCUUUGAAGGACAUAUCUCAUGCAAUACUCUUAUGUGUCUCUGCCAUUGGAUCUGCAGAUUCAUUUGUGCAGAGGAUUCAUAAGAUGGGACCCAUGCAUGUUGAUCGGUUAGAUUUCAGUGACCACCAUUCUUUUCAUCCUAAGGAUAUUGACAUGAUAAGAAAGAGAUUACAAAAGCUAGAAUCAGAUUUUUCUGCAGUUCCAGUCAUGAUUGUAACUGAAAAGGACUAUUUUAGAGGUCCCGAGGUUCUUGAACAUCUGGGUUAUGAAGUAUUGGUGCUUUGUUCAUCCUUGCAAAUUCUUCCACUCAAAGGAUGCAAUGAAGAAAGCUUCAAGAAAUGCCUGAGGCAGCAUCUGGAAAUAUACAAUCUAGCAUAGAGUUGUGGUUUAGGUUUUCCAUUGAUGAGGAUGUUGAAGCUCGGUUAGCAUGGAAGUGGGCGGCAAAGGGCAAAAAACACGGCAAGGAGGUGGUGCUCAUGCAGAAGCACUGCCACACAUUUUGACUAAGCAGGCGGAGGAGAGUUUAACUGGGGGAGACCCUUUGGCCAGAAGAAAGUUAGCGGCGGGUCAAACCAAUUAUCCCUUUGCAACGGUGGGUGAAGUUGGGCUUUGUGUUUUUAUCUGCUUUCUAUUAAUUUGGACAAUUUGUUUUCUUUAUGUUCAAUAAUUCAAUUUAGUAACAAGUGCAUUAAGUUUAUGAGAUUAGACUACAUAAUUGCGGGAUUAGCAAAUUGGAAUGGUCCAUACUCCGUGAGAUCUUUUUGUUCUAUGUCGCAUCCUAGUGUAGCUUGAGGCUAUUCAUUUUAUC